AAAAUAGCUCGAAAUAAGCUAAACUGGCAGCACUGCUCAAAAUAAACGGUGGCAAAAAUCUCAUUAGUUUCUAGUUCUAUUUUUUAUUUUCUAUUAAGUUCAGCGAAAAGUUAACCCUCACCGCCCGCCUGCCCGUUUGCAGCUCCCGUUCAGUUCCUCCAAAUUGUGUUCUCCUCCUCCCACGCACUGCUGCCCGUUGGAGCUGCCGUUGUUUUUGCUGUUGCGCCGUUGUUGUCGCUGCUACUGAAGUGGCACAAGGACAAGUGGUUCGUCCUGGAAAAGCGCAACAAUUUACCCCGCGCAACAAGGUGUCGCGGGUGGAGGAAAAAAUCAAUAAAUAGCCAACGAGCAAGUGCAUACGCGAGUGGCGUCGCUGUGUAUGCGUGCUUGUGGGUGUAGGUGUCAGUGUGAGCUUCCAGCUGCGGAAUAGCCAGCUCAGACAAGGGAAGACUCGGCGGUGCGUCCUCAGCGGAAGCGUACUAUUAUGGACAAUCCCGGUGAUGACAGCGACAACGAUGUGGUCACCGAUUUCCUGAACUCCAACUGCAGCGAGCCCGCCUCCACCUCAGCCGCUGCUGCUGCUGCUGUACUGAAUGGUGGUGGCCCGUCCACGGGGCCUCGCGUCACCGUUGAGAGCCAGAACUACUGCAUACCCAUCAUAAACGCACCAGCUCCGGCACCAGCGCUUGCUCCAGCCACUGCUCCGGCCCAGUCCAUCGCUCCAGCCAGCCACAAUAAUAGCAUUAACAACAACAACAUGAUACCCACCAUCAAUGUGACGCCACACAGCCCUGCUCUGGCCUCAAAGUACAACAACAUAUUUGAGGACACGCUCAGCCAGUUGCAGAGCAUCCGGGAGACCGUGGUGCAGAUGAAGAACUCAUCCUCGGCCAGUCAGCACGUGCAGGAUGGUCUGUCGUCCAAUGGCAUGAUGAGCGCGGCCAUCCUGAGUUCCUCGCUGCCCGAUCUAACGGGCUCAGGGCCGGGAACUGGCUUUGCCCAUUCGGUUGCUCCGUAUGCCAUGUGGUCAACGGCGGCGCCACAGCAGUGCCUCUUCCUGCACACGGACCGAAGGAAGUCAUGGACAACGGCGGAUGAUGCCAGUGCCGGUGGAGGUGACUGCACGAACAAGAGCGUCAGCCUGUCUAGCCUGGACAGCGAGGAGCAGGAGACGAUCCGGGUCACUGAGCAACGGCGAAGAUCGGCACGAAACAGCACUGGAGGCAUUUCUACCCACUCCUUGAACGAGGCCGAGCUGGCCAGGGAUUUCGAGCGGAUUGCAGCUAAACGCAGCCUGGCCACGGAGAUCAUCAGUCGGAUACCACUGCAAAAGAGCAUUUCGACGAGCUCGAUAAUUGCCAAGGAGGACAUCAAGGCGAUCGCCCGCCACCUCACGGAUAGCGAGGAUGAAAACCAAAGCCUACUGCGGUCUCAUGCCAAGAUCGAGGUCUACGACAACGUAGAGAAGCGUCCGAAGCGGGGCUCCAUCUUCUUUCGCAAGAAAAAGCCCAAGGCUAAGGCAAAGUCACUCGUCGGCGGUCAACUUAGCGCGUGCGACGUGUGCGGGGCGAGCAUAACACUGGCGCAGAUAAAGGAGCACCACUUGGAGUGCAACCGGAUAAGGAAAAUGGCAGCCGGCCAGGACUAUUAUGACGGUCCAGAUGCCGCUACCACCUUUAGCAAUCCAGAGGAUCAGCCGCUGAUACGAUCUGACCUGCAGUUCCUCAACGAACCACCCAUCGAGGCUCAGCACUUGGGGGCAGAUCCCACAUUGGGCAUAGUUCUCAAGGAGCACGACUCCUGGACCCCGAAUGUGCCCAAAGAGCUGCUCAAGACCCUCAAGGAGCUGCAGAUUAAGCGGCAGGAGCACAUCUAUGAGUUCAUCAUGACCGAGAAGCACCACUGCCAGACCCUAAUUGUCAUGCAGAAGGUGUUUGUGGAGAGCUUGGAGCGACACUUUCCCUCCCUCAAUCUCAAUGGUAUGUUUCCACGCUUGCAGCAGCUCACCGAUCUCCACACCUGCUUCCUGCGUCAGCUGCGCCUCAAGCAGCGGGAGCAACCGAUGGUCGACAGCAUUGCUGACAUCCUGCUGGACUUCUUCUCACUGGAGCAGGCUCAGUGCCUGAGGCUGGCGUACGGCGAGUUCUGUGCCAACCACCGCACCGCUUUGGAGCAGUUCAAGCUCUGUCUGACGGAUCCGAGCUUCGCCGAGUGGUACAAGCAUUGCCUGCAGAAUCCGCUGCUGAAGAAGAAGGGCAUCCCCGAGUGCAUACUGUUCGUGACUCAGCGCCUCACCAAGUACCCCCUGUUGAUCGAGCCGCUGCUGAAGAGCGCCAAGGAUAACAAGCUGGAGACGGACAAACUGCAGCAUGCCCUAAACCUGGUCAAAUCGCUUCUAGUCGACGUCGAUGCCUGUGUGGCAGAAAAGGAGCUGCGGGAGCGACAGCUUGAGAUCUAUGGCCGGGUGGAUGCCAAGUCCUUUGCCAUUUACAAGAACAAGCCCUUCCGCAAGUCUGAACUUGGUGUGGAAUCGCGACGCCGUCUGAAGUUCGAUGGAUUGGCCACCCUGAUGCAGGGCAGAGCCAAGACCCAGCUGGUUCUAGUGGUGGUGCUCACCGACUGUCUGUGCUUCCUCAGCGAAAACUCCGGCCACAACAAGUACACCUUCUUCACGCCGGAACACAAGGCGGGGGUGGUGCCGCUCCAGAAGCUGCUUAUCAGGGAGAAGGCGGGCACUGAGUCCCGGGGAAUAUAUAUCAUCAGCUCGAAUCCCGAUUUUCCCGAAAUGUACGAGCUGAAGGUGCAGACACCGAAGGAUAAGAACACAUGGAUACAGACCAUUCGCCAGGCCGUUCUCGACUGCCCCGCCACGGACAUCAUCGAGGCCGAGGAUCUGACGGCAGAGGAGAAACUGCGCAUUGGCGUAAACAAGAGGGAAACGAUUGAGAAGAUGCGGCAGAAGGACAUUGAGCAGGCGCUGCUUCUCGAAGAGAAGCUGAUGCUGCAGCUGAAUUUGUUAAAGGAUCAGAAACCGUUCGGGGAUGUCAUUCCCGGCUCUUCCUCCUCCUCCGCCAAUGGCAGUGCAGCCAAUUUCCUAGCUGCCUUCGGCUCCUACAAAGAUCUCGUUACCGCCGACUGUGACACGGCCGAGCUCUGGCGGCGGGUGCUCAACACAGUGCAGGACAUAAGCCAAUUGGCGUCCACCAUCUACUCGGCGGCCAUGGGUCAACCGGUGUCCAGAACUCUGAGCAGCGUGGGCGAGAAGCAAAGCGACCAGUAUGCGUCACCCACGCUGCCGAAGCGAGCGGAAACCUUUGCGGGAUUCGAUGAAAAGCGUGGAAAGUUUGGCUCAAAGCUGGUGCUCACGCCACGCCUGCAGGAACUGCAAGAAGAGAAGCGGGACUCGAAGAGCAGCUCAACGUCGGGCGCAAUGGCAGCCGAGCAGCAGUCGCUGGAGAACAACAACUAUGCCGUGCUCCAGGUGUCCCAUCAUCUGCACACCUUGCUCUGCAUUAUUUCCCAGCAAAUGACAAGCAUCCACAGCCUGCAACAGCAGUUGGCCCUUUACCGGGAGAGUCCCCGGACGAGUGCUUACACGCACAAGGAUCAGCUGGAGGAGCUGCGCAAUUUGCAGGACAAACUGCAGGAGGAGAAGACAGUCUGGCAUCGUCAGCAGAAGCAGCAGCAGGAGGAGCUGGCCGACAUGAGGGCCCAGCAACUGCAGUUGCAGCAGCAGAUCAAGGCCGAGCAGGAGGAUGUGCGUCAGCAGCGCGAGCAAUUGUACAAAAAAAUGGAACUGCUAUCGAGUCAGGGCCUGCUACUCUCGCCCAGCACUCCGCUACCCGUGCCCCUGGUGGCCCCCAGUCACACCCUACCAACUGCUCCAGUGUCCGAUGACGGCCAUGAAACGGACAUGGCAGGCAGCAGCACUCCCAGUGUGGCUGGGACUGUGGACCGGCGCAAGGAGAAGUGGCUAAGCGGUCCCUCCAGCUGCAAGACACCGCCUGUGAAUUUGCUCAGUGCGAAUAAUGCACCCAAGGCUAACGCCGCACUUGUCAAACAGAAGCUGCCCAUGAAGCUCUCAUCGCUCUCGUCGGCGAGCUCUAGUUCCGCCUCCCGUGUGGACAAGUCCGCCAGCUUCAACAGCACCCACAGUUCGCCGGCAGCGUCUACCAUUGGCUGUGUUCAGCAAAUCUUUCCACUCAAGUUGGCGGACCGAAGGAAUGUUGUCACCACGCCUUCAAAUGCCACAACGACCCCGACGCCGAAUUCGGGAUUAGUGCCGCAACACUCGCGUACGGGCAGCUCGCCGGCCAUUAUUCAGCAGACAACGACUACAGCAACUACCACGCCCACUUCAAGCGGCAUAGCUCGAGCGGAAUCCAGCGCUGCCCACUAUACGCAGCGAACGCCGACGAGUAGCCGGGCUGGAACGUUUGCCAGAACGGCAGUGGGGACGGGAGGCCUGGCCUUGGGAUCCGGCACGGCACCGCGUGCCAAGCCUGAGGAGGAGGAGAUCUACUUCUGACGCAAAUUCUCGCCAGAAGUCGAAAUCUAAAAUCUGAAAUCACAAUGCCUAAAUUCAGCGACACGUAUUUUUCACAUUGCAAUUAAUAUACAUUCCUCUAAAUAAGAUAGGAAAAAGUGAAAAUGUUUUAGAAAACCUAUAUAUUUAUUAUGAAAUACCUAAAAGUACUUUGAAGUUCGAUAUUAUGUACCUGUAAAUGUAAACUUCCAGUGGAGAAUAUGUGUCCAUGGAAUUAGGCUGAAAGAUCAAGGCAAAGAUCAAUAAUAAUAGCAAGAUGCAUAGCGUUCAUAAUAUGAUAUGUGUAAUGCUUGUUAUUAUAAAGUCGUUGAUCAAACAUUCCGAAUGCAAGACCUAAAGGAAGUAGAAUAUAAAAUCGGAAAUAAUUGGCUUCCCAAAAAACGUCAUUCCAACAGAAAGUUAUAUGAAUGUUUUAGAUGUAGUCCUAAGCUUAACUCAUUCCUAAACCGAGAAUGCAUAUUUUUCAUACUGCCCGUAUUUUAGGCUCAAUAUUUAAUUUUAUUUACCCUAAUUGUACUUAAUAUUUUUUCAAAGACUCGCUACCAUUCCAAUGCAUCUCAAAACUGUUCAGUAAUUUACUAUAAUAUUUAUUUAUUUAUAUUUUAAUGCAAUUUUACACCAGAAAAACAAGCAAAAGUAUAUAACAUGUGUAAGUGUUUCCAAACGAAUUUUAUUUCUUCAAAAAGAAAGCUUUUUAAAUAUUUAUGUUCAUUUCCGUGUUGCGCUUAUAUAACGAUAUAAAAACUAUUUAGGAUAUAGUUUAUAUACCUUGUAAAUAAAUUAUAAUAUCUGUGUGUGUGUGUAUUUUACAUAUCCGAUUUGCUCGCUAUAUAGUAAGUUUUUAUGGGAGCAAACACUCUCGAUCCUGACCCUAAUCCCCAUCUCAUCUAUGCAAUAUUGUAAGCUCCAAUAAAUGUUUUAAAUUAUACAUUCAAA